UGGGUCAAUGGUUUUCGAGAAUAACAACUUAAUCUCGCUUCAUUCUGGAAUGAUACAUUGCAAGUUACAUCUAUAAUGUUUCCGGAGGGCAAAAGAAGAAGACCUCUGGACGGUUUGUCAACGGGUGUUUUCUUAUCAAACAAGCGUAUCCUUCAGACGACGAGACUAAAAUGAAAGGCUGGGUGUACGUAUUCUUUUCAAGCGAAUAUUGUGCGUUUCAAUAAACCUGAAGAGGUUUAAGCAAAAGUAUUUCAUGGUGCGUUAUCUUUUUUUUUUUUCUUUUUUACCAGCAUUCAGCAUUUGUCAAUACUGGCGGUAUGCUGUUUGUAUAAUUUGCUUUGGAAGGUGGGGGAGGGGUUAAAGGGGCCUUCAUGUGUUUGUGUGAGUUCCUAUGAUUGGACCAAAUAGGUGCCAAGACCACAAUCCAUGGCUUUUUAAGUGAGCCAACGGUGACUAGACACUUCAGACGUUCCGGAGGGUCUUUUCAUAAACAUGAGCAUGCCGCUUCCUCAGCCUUACUGCAAUUCGUCCACUAAUUUCGAAAUGUCUGCUAGAGCGGACAACGACAAAGAGACACAAAAGCAGAGGAGGGAGGAAUGCAAUGGAGUGCAGGGCAAGGCCGAGCAUCUCAACGGAGCAGCGGUCACUGCAGCAGGCACGGCGGCCCUUGUCAGCCUCAAGGCUGAUGCCGACUAUUUCAGGGGCUACAGUACCAUACACAUUCAUGAAGAAAUGCUAACUGAUCAGAUCCGAACCAAUGCAUACAAGCAUGCACUUUAUGAAAAUGCCAAACAUCUUCGAGGAUCUACUGUGAUGGAUGUUGGGGCAGGCACUGGUAUACUCAGUAUCUUUGCUGUGCAGGCAGGUGUUAAUAAAGCUCUUGCAGUUGAGGCUUGUGAAAUAGCAGAACAAGCCAGGUUGAUAGUAAAGGAAAACAAGAUGGAGGAUAAAAUAGACAUCAUUAAGAAAACUGUUGAGGAGUUUGAAUUGACAGAAAAGGUUGAUGCCAUCAUCAGUGAGUGGAUGGGCUACUGUUUGCUGUAUGAAACCAUGCUUCCUUCUGUACUUCGAGCUCGAGACAAGUUUCUCAAGGAGGGUGGUCUGAUGUUUCCCAGUAAAGCGACACUUUACCUAGCACCAGUUCAUGAUGAAGAUUUACUGAAGAGGGUGAAUUUCUGGAAUGAAAUUGAAAACAAGUACCAGGUGUCCAUGAAGUGCAUGAAAUCUAUAGCUGAGGCAACCUUUACAGCAGAUGCAGACAUAAGAGUAAUCCCCCCUGAGGCUGUGCAAGCCCAUGCUGCUGACCUGUGUUCCCUCGACCUCAUGACAGCCACUCCAGAGGAUGUGCAGUCAGUAAAGAGCUCUUUCCAGUUUAAGUGUUUUGGACACACCAUCAUCAAUGGCUUUAUCAGCUGGUUUACAGUGGAGUUUCCAGGUGGAAGAAUUUUAAGUACAUCUCCAUACAAAGAGGCAACCCACUGGGCACAUACAGUUUUCAGUCUGCAGAAGCCAUUUCCUGUCAGACAGGACACUGAGAUUAAUGGAAUCUUUUCCCUAAAACCACAUCCUCGGAAUCACAGAUGUGUUGAGGUGGAAAUUGCAUUUACAGUAGACAACCAAGAGAGUCAGAGACAAACAUUCAGUCUCCAUAACACCUGCCCAGGACGACAGCUGCACAAUGAAGACAGAUUGAUUCCAGAUUUGCCAAGGAAAACACUUGAUUGCACAAAGUCAUCCUUGGAGAAUGGUGGUUCAAGUCCUAUACAGGAAAGAUCUUCAAAAUAUGGAAAGAAAAACUCCAAUGCUAUGAAGAUAUAUUAGAGACAGUAACAGAAUUAUAACUGCUGGACUACGAAGAGCUGCUGUCUUUUAGAAACAUGGAAGGAUUUACCUAUAAUAGAGAUUUUCUUCAUUAUGUUCUUAUUUUUGUUGCAUUAAGAAAAAUUUCUGUGGAAGAAUCCGAGGUUUAUGAAGUCCUGACAAGACUUUACAGAUUUCUGUUGUGGCUGUCUUGUUAUGCAUUUAAGGAUUUAUUCUGCACACUCCAUCAAUGCGUUUCUUCGUGCUCUUAUAUUGCAUACCGGUGAGUGUUCGUUUUAUGUUGUGCUUGUUUGUACUCACUUGUGACGACUACAUCACACGGUCUCUUUCCCCACUGCCCCUGGUUUCUUGUGAAGCAUAUUGAGCUUACCUACAUGUGGGAAAAUGCGCUGUAUAAAUCCUACUAUUAUUUGAUGGACAUGUAAAGUACUCGCAUUACAAAGCUGGUAGGCCUAUACAGCUUAAAAGCUUCUAGUUUAACCAAUAUUGAGCUUCGUUCUAUAGGUAUUUUAUACUUGUAAAGCUGCAGCACAAUUUUAACCUCUCUCAUGUUGAUAGUUACUUUAGAAUGUCAAUAUAUCGUGAGGGUAUGGAUAAAUUGAAAUGAAUUCAAAGCACACUCAUGUUGAUAGUAAGUUUGGAAUAUCAAUAUAUCGUGAGGGUAUGGAUAAAUUGAAACAAAUUCAAAGCACACAGCCGUCAAACUAUACUAAUAGUACAUACAAUUUUAAAGAUAUUUUACAAAAUGUUUAUUCAGCAUAAAGCUUUUUCUUUGUUUUCCUCCAGAAUCUGUGAUUAUGAUAUUGGCGUAAAUAUGUUACAAUGUAUGAAUUUUAAAAUAAAUUCACACUUAUUAUCGAGAAACAAAAUUAUUUCAACACUAUUUAAGAAUGAACUUCAUGUGCUGUCGGUUUUGUAGCAUAUAUUCAUGUAAAAAUGAGCAGCUGUCAAUUGCCUCUAUUAUUGUGCUCAGCUGACAAAAAGAUUUUUUUUUUAAAAUAUAAAUUUCUAAAGGGGAGAAUUAGUGGCACAGUCCUUGAUGUGACCAAAUGAGUUUUUUCCCUUUACCUCUUGAUUAGGUGCACACUAGGCCAUUGACUUUGCCUUGGAAGACAAUUUGCAUUACUUUUAUUGCAAAGUUCAAAUUUUCUCUUUUCCAAAAAUGUUUAGGUUUCUUGGUCUAUGUUUACCUGAGAGCAGUAAUAGUAAAAAAAAAACAAACUUCACCCACUGUCGUCUUCACUUAUUAUAAGGUCUUUGUAAUACUUAUACUUUUGUCAUGCUCAGAGGGUUAAACAAUUCAUAUCCAGACCAGUUAAUUAAAUGUCAUAUUAACAAUAAUUCCAAUGAAAACCUAUUACAGAAGAAUAAGCUUCAUAGGCAGUGCAAAUUUAAGUAAUACUAGAAAGAUUUCCUGUACAUGUAUUUACACUAAUUAUAUGAUAAACUACUAAUAAUCAUAACAAAAAACUUGUAUGAAAUAUAUUAACAUGGAAUUCUACAUUAGAGGCUGCUGAUUACACUCACUCUCUCUCUCUAUAUAUAUAUCACAUAUAUAUGUACACAAACUGUAUUUUUUAAAAAUGAUAUCAAUGCCAGAACUCGUUGAGAUUAGGUCCUCAUUUAUUAUUUCAGUGUACAGAAGACUGGUUUCUUGUCUUAUCUGUGACCAGAGAAUGUAAACUGCUACAUGUGGGCCUAUGUAAUAUGGAUAUAAAAGUGUACAUCACUGGAUGUAAUGUUCAGUAAUGGCUAAAUUCACUUGAGAGAUUUCACCACACAUUUUUAAUAAAGAUUUUCUUUAAAAAAUU